AUGACCUCUGAAACGCUCCACGACCCCUCCCCGACAACCUCCUUCACCCCCUCCCACCUCGCGACCCUCCAACACAUCGCAUCGACCGACGAAUACCUCCCGGACUCACCCUCCUCAUCCUCCCGCUCGUACGACUGGCCCUCACUUCGGGACGCCAUCAAGCACCGCAUCCGUUCGUGUCUCGACUCGUUCGCCUCACGUCCGCUAUCUCUGCAUCCGGCGACAGCGCUCGUUCCUUACAUGAAAGACGGUGAAGAUCUAGAACGAACGUGGGAGCGUGCGGAUGCGGGCAUGCUCUGUCUCGACUCCGAGGGCAAACCUCAACUUCCCCUCGAACCCGUCGACCCGAUCGAGUCCACCGAGGAGGAUGGCACGCAGUACGAUUACCGCUCCAACACCGUCCUGCCGGAAGGAACGGUGCAUCCGCCCUUCGUACAUCGUGCCGACAUUCAGAACUUCUACCCCACCAAACGGCCGCUUACCGAAACGACGGUGAAGGCGCUAAGCGAGGAGCAGCGGGACGGGCAGACGAGGUUGCUGUUUGGUAUGCUGGACGAGUUUGAUCUGCAACCGCCGUUUACGAUCCAACGCCUGUGCGAAUUGCUUGUCGAGCCGACGAAGCACUACAACGACCCGCUCAAGUGGGUUUGCGCCAUCCAGCGGUGUCUUUCCGUGACUGCGACGAGGGACGCGUUCCCGAUCAGCCCCGUUCAGGCUCCGGUGGGCGUUGUUGCGGUGAACGGCCACGCGGAAGACGCAGCCCCGAUGUCAGAAGGCGAGCUGGACCGUAUGGAUGGUCUCCCACCCGCAAGGUCGAGGAGCUCAAGCGUGAGUGUCGGAGCAGAACCGCUGUUCUCGCCCAUUCCCUUCGUUGUGCGGGACGAAAACGGCGUGGGGGAAGAGCACAUUCCGGACCUCGAGUUGGGCGGGGCGGAUCGCACGACAGCCCCAGAAGGUGUGGCGAAGGAGGUGCUCGCCCCGGCACCUGUCAGCACAGAAACGGAGUCCACACAGCCAGAGGCAGAGGUGGAUGAGCAGAUGGGGGAAGCGUCAGAAGAGGCACCAGCGAUCGCGUCUACAGCGCCGGCGAGCGAGGACAGCAUCGCAGCUGCGGUGGACGCUACCACCCUUCCCACCCCGGCACCAGCCCCAGCUGCGGUCCCGAGCGGGCCAACCGAGCCGUUGGGCGUACCAGCAGGCCAAGUGGACGAGGUGGACAACCCAACAAACACGGUCAACGCGCUCACCUCCACCACUACCACUCCUGCUGAGAGUGCGACUGGGAGCCUGGCACCAACCACUCAGGGAGCGGCAGAGGACGAAGCGGAAGACAAGGAGGAGGAAGGACGCUCCACAAAACGUCGAAAGAGCGUCGCUUCCAUUCACGAUGCCUAG